AGGUUUUCUUCACUUCCGUCUUCAGACAGUCUGCUUUUUCUUCUAGAGAAGCGUAAUCAAAAUCCCCUGCAACUCAAAAUGAGCAUCCAGCAAUGGACCACCCCCCUAACGGGCCUGGCGAGCCUGCGCCAAACCACCGCCCCGCAGCCCACGCCAGGCCCCGAUGAAGUCCUCGUCGAGAUCCAUGCGGUCUCGCUCAAUUACCGCGACAUUGAGGUAACGAAGGGCGAAUACAACCACCACAAAUCCGUCACGCAGGAGACGCCCGCCACGGUGCCCUGCUCGGACAUGUGCGGCGUCGUGACGCAGGUCGGCGCGUCGGUCUCGCGCUGGCGCGCCGGCGACCGCGUCCUCUCCACCUUCCUGCCGGAUCACCUCACGGGCCAGGUCACGCCGCAGAUGCUCGCCCGGGGCAUGGGCCACCCGCUCCCCGGCGUGCUGGCGACGCACCGCGUCUUCCCGGAGCAGGCGCUCGUCCGGGCGCCCCGGUACAUGCGGGAUGCUGAGGGCGCCACGUUGCCGAUCGCCAGCGUCACGGCGUGGAUGAGCGUGCAGGGUCGCUUGCGGGCGGCGGUGGAGAAGGGCGAGGAUGUGAGCCGGAAGGUCGUGUUGGUGCAGGGCACGGGUGGGGUGGCGGUGGCGGGGUUGCAGAUUGCGAAGGCGUGGGGGGCUAGAGUUAUUGUGACCUCCUCGUCGGAUGCCAAGCUCGAACAGGCGAAAGCCCUCGGCGCCGACUUUACGAUCAAUUACCGGACCACGCCUGACUGGGAGGAUGAGGUUAAUCGCUUCACCGAGGGGAAUGGCGUGGAUAUCAUCCUUGAGACCGGGGGCGCGAAGACGCUGCGGAAGAGCUUCGAGUGCAUUGCCUUUGGCGGGUUGAUCAACUGCAUCGGGUACGUCUCGGGGAAGAUGGAUGAGCCGGAGGAUCGGGUCAACGUCAACCUGUUGACCCUCCGGCGGAAUGUGACGCUGCAGGGGAUUAUCAAUGGGCCCCGGGAUGAGUUUGAGAGGAUGGUCGAGUUCUAUGAGAAGCACCAGAUCCAGCCGGUCGUGAACCGCGUGUUUGGGUUUGCGCAGGCGCGGGAGGCUUUCGAGUUUGUGGAGAGCGGUGCGCACUUUGGGAAGGUGGUGAUUGAUGUUGUUGGGGCGUCUCAAUGAAGGGUUUGUACGUAUGGUGAGGAUGAGGGUGGUGUAAGCUUGUGAGUGUGUACUAGCUUUGCCGGUCUACUGUUGCCUAAGGAGUGCGUUUAUGAGUAGGAUUCUUGACGGGGAUCUGGAAUCAGCGGAAUUGUGACGUCCUGGCUUGCUGUCUGUAGGAAGGCAUUAAUUGUUUUUCAUUUGCAACACGCUUCAAAGCAGCUGCACUUUGAA